AUGUCAGUCUUGCUCCAAGAGCUCGGUGCUGUGAAAGCAAAACUAGAAGCUGUGGAAACCAAGCUGAAAGAGAAAAGUGAAGCCUUGGAAACAAAGCUGAAAGAGACUGAAAACCAGGUUUUAAUGGUUAAUGAUAAAGGUAAAUCCUUGGAAACAAAGCUGGAAGAGACCAAAAGUCAGGUUCUGGUGCUUAAUGAUAAAGGUAAAUACUUGGAAACAAAGCUGAAAGAAACCGAAAACCAGGUCUUGGUGCUUCAGGAGAAAGAAGCAUCCAAGGUAGUUUUCAGUGCUGGAAUAAGUGGUGGAGCCAUUGGACCCUUCAGCACAUCAAAGACCUUGGUCUACACAAGAGUCAUGACGAAUCUGGGCAAUGCCUACAAUCAGCACACUGGCAUCUUUGUUGCACCUGUUAGAGGCAUGUACUACUUCACCUUCUUCUAUCAUGCUGGUGGAGAACAUCCUGUGGGUCUGGACCUCAUGAAGAACAAUCAGGUUGUUGUGCAUAGCGCUGAUCACAUGACACUGAAUGACGGAGCUGAUAAUGGUGGAAAUGCAGCCUUUAUGGAGCUGCAGCAGGGAGACCAAGUCUACGUCCAGAUGCAGCCAAACACACAUAUUUGGGGAAACAGCUACUCAACAACUUUUAGUGGUUUUCUUCUGCAUAAAGUCUGAAAAAACAUUGAUGUGAUCAUUUGAAUGGCUUAAAAUAGCUGA